AGAGGAAGUGAGGUCACGUGUAAGAGAGUUCUGGCCUGCAUUUAUUCAUGCAAAUUACAGUGUGCUGUGAAUAAUGAGUGUUUGUUUUGUUGUGGAGAGGAUGUUUUUUUGUUUCUGUCCGAAUGCUGUGCCAUUGUGUUGUUUGUGGACUCAAAGUUUCAAGCAAAUUGGGAUUGGGUCAGCCCCAACCUCUUUCUUUUAUUUUCUUUUAAUUUUAAUUUUUAUUUUUAUUCUCUCUCUCUCUCUCUCUAGAGGAUUUUUCUUUUUUUCUUUUUCUUUUUCUUGGUUUUCUUUUAACUCUCUAAACAAGGAGGUACUGUAGAGAGAGAGCUUUAUAUACAAUAGACUUUGCGUCUAACCUUACCUGCACAAAUGUGAGCGAGUGAGUGAGGGGUCAAUGAAUGAAAUGAAACAACAAAGCCAAAGAAAAGCUAAUUCAUCAGCCCCAUAGCCAAAACCAAGAAAGCCAAACAAAAGCUAAAAAGCUUAAAAGCUUAAAGAAAGUUGAUUGCAGAAAGCAAGAGCUUUUCUUUUCUUUUCUUUUCUUUCCUUUGUCCACGUUCUCUCUCUCUCUCUCUCUCUACCUCUCACUACCCAUUUUCUUUCUUCUAUCAGUAAAGCUGAAAACCCCACUACACCCAAAAAAAAAAAAAAACAGAAAAGAAAAGAAAAAAAACCAACUUCACCACCUGUACAGGUAAAGCUUGAUUUCUUUCUUUCUUUCACUUCACCAAUAACAACAUAUAGUCUUCAAUUUCCAAUAAUAAUAAUCCAUCCAUGCUAGACAAAAACACCACCACCACUACCACCACCACCACCACCUUGUCCGCUCCAAUAUCUCCUUCUUCUGAUCCUUUCUCUGCAGCCUUGGAUAAUGGUGUCACCAACAGCAACAACAAAAGGAAAAGAAAACCUGCAGGAACUCCAGAUCCAGAUGCAGAGGUUGUAUCUUUGUCGCCAAGGACUUUACUGGAAUCGGAUAGAUACGUAUGUGAGAUCUGUAACCAAGGGUUUCAAAGAGACCAGAACUUACAAAUGCAUAGAAGAAGGCAUAAAGUACCAUGGAAAUUGUUGAAAAGAGAAACACAAGAAGUGAAGAAAAGAGUCUAUGUUUGUCCAGAGCCAAGUUGUUUGCACCAUGACCCUUGCCAUGCUUUAGGAGAUCUUGUUGGUAUAAAGAAACACUUUAGGAGGAAACACAGUAAUCACAAGCAGUGGGUUUGUGAGAAAUGUUCUAAAGGUUAUGCUGUCCAAUCUGAUUACAAAGCCCACCUUAAGACUUGUGGCACUAGGGGUCAUUCUUGUGACUGUGGCCGUGUCUUUUCCAGCACUUGGCUUUUCAGGGUAGAGAGUUUUAUUGAGCACCAAGAUGCUUGUACAGUAAGGAGAACCCAACCUGAUCAACUACAAGCAUUACAGCCAGCUUGCUCUUCAAGAACUGCUUCAAGCACUAGUCCUUCAAGUGAUGCAAAUUUUAGCAUUAGUGGUCCAUUGCCAGGAUUAACAAUGCCAAAACCAACAGCUGAUAAUCAACAACCUGCAAUUUUCUUGUGCUCAUCGGAUAGAAAUAACCACGCUUCUACUUCUAAUCAUCAUCAUCAGCAGCAGCCGCCGCAGCACCAGAAGCAGCAAGAACACAAUCUUGAACUUCAACUCUUACCAUCAUCAGUUUCAACUCGCUUAUCAUCUUCACAGAAUCAUGAUGAUCAACGUUACCACCCCACAAAUUUGAAGCUUUCAAUAGGGUCAUCAUCAUCAAAUGACUGCAGCGAAAAGAAUGAAUUGAAUGAAAAAGCUAAUUUGGAUGCUAAUAGAGAGAAAAGCGUAGGUGAUCCAGCUCUAGAAGCAGCAAAAGUCAAAGAGUUUGCUAAUGAGCAGUUGAGAUUAGCUAUGGCUGAGAAGGCAUACGCUGAGGAUGCUAGACAACAGGCAAAGAGACAACUUGAAAUGGCAGAACUAGAAUUUGCUAAUGCUAAGAGGAUAAGGCAACAAGCUCAGUCUGAACUUGAAAAGGCUCAAGUUUUAAGAGAACAAGCUACCAAGAAGAUAAGCUCGACUAUGAUGCAAAUUACUUGUCAAGCUUGCAAACAACAAUUUCAAGCACCAGCACCGGUGGUUGCACCGGCGGAUGAGACUUCACUUGCCAUGAGUUACAUGUCGUCAGCAACAACUGAGGGAGAAGGAGAGUGACAUAAUCCCAAACUGCUCAUAAUCAUGCAGCUCAUGAGUUGAAGAAAGUUAUAAAAGGUCGAUAUAUUUAAGCAAAAUCCCCCUUACUCUUUUCAGAUGAUUUGUUUUUUGGUUGUUGAUUUUAAAAAUAUGAAGUAGGUGUUUUAAUUAACCAUUGUGGUGGUGUUAAUUAAAUUAAUUUGGAGUGGAGCAAACGGUUCUCUUGUACUACUGAUUUAAAAUUUAUGAUUCAUAUUAUAUAAUAUAAUAUAAUAUAUCUUCA